CAACUCUUCUUCCUUCUUUAAUUACAGUCUCAUCUUCCAUGGAAAUGCUUUAGCAUGCAGGGAAGAAAUAUUUGGCACCAUUUGAUGCCAAACUCUCGUAUGCUCUCUCGUCUUCGGGUACCCGCUCUGAGCUUUUCAUCAGCGGGAGUCUCGUCUUUUUCCCCUCGUUAUCUUCUCGAAACACCGCCGUUAGCCAACAAGGGAUUUACAGAGGAUCGGCGGUUCACGUUUGGCACGUCUUCUUGUUUGAGAGGACGAGGGUUUGGGACCCCUUCAAAUGCAUUGCGUGAUUUUUUGCCUGUAAAUUGUUUGAGUGGAGUCAGUUCGUGUGGUUCCUUUUCGUACGAUUCUUACUAUCGGCAUUCAUUCUCUCAUUUUUUUUUUACUCGAGCUUCGGAAAUUAAGAAGACGGAGAUUGAUGAGGUUAAGAAGACAGAAAUUGAUGAUCCGAGCCAACGAGCAGUUACCACUGCAUUAUGGUGCAACUUCCUUGUUUUCUCUCUGAAAUUUUCGGUAUGGUUGGCAACUUCCAGCCACGUCAUGUUAGCUGAAGUUGUGCACUCUCUUGCAGAUUUUGCAAACCAGGCCCUUCUUGCUUAUGGUCUGAGUAGCUCAAGGCGUGGUCCAGAUGCUCUGCACCCCUAUGGCUACUCAAAGGAGAGAUUUGUCUGGUCUUUGAUAUCUGCAGUUGGUAUAUUUUGCCUUGGUUCUGGUGCAACAAUUGUUCAUGGAUUUCAGAACUUGUGGACCUCACAGCCCCCUGGAAAUAUCCACUAUGCAGCUUUGGUGAUCGGUGGUUCUUUCAUUAUUGAAGGUGCUUCUCUCGUUGUUGCUAUACAUGCUGUUAGGAAAGGUGCAGCUGCUGAGGGGAUGAAAGUGUGGGACUAUGUAUGGCGUGGUCAUGAUCCCACAUCUGUUGCCGUUAUGACAGAGGAUGGCGCUGCAGUUACAGGCCUUCUUAUUGCUGCAGCAUCACUAGUGGCUGUUAAUAAGACAGGAAAUGCAAUUUAUGAUCCCAUCGGUUCUAUUAUCGUUGGUAAUCUACUUGGAAUUGUUGCUAUUUUUCUCAUUCAGAGGAAUCGCCAUGCUUUGAUUGGUAGAGCAAUUGAUAAUAAUGAUAUGGAAAGGGUGCUUCAUUUUUUGAAGAAUGAUCUGGUUGUAGAUGCUGUAUAUGAUUGCAAAAGUGAGGUGAUUGGACCUGGAUUCUUUAGAUUUAAAGCAGAAAUAGAUUUCAAUGGCGUUAUGGUGGUACAGAAUUAUCUUGAAAGGACUGGACGUGAAGAAUGGGCUCGACAGUUUCGAGAAGCCACAAAGCAUAAAGAUGACACUAUGCUUCUGAAGACCAUGUCAAACUAUGGUGAGGAAGUGGUAACAGCUUUAGGAAGUGAAGUUGAUAGACUAGAGAAAGAAAUCCAGAAGAUUGUUCCUGGGAUCCGUCAUGUUGAUAUUGAAGCCCACAAUCCAAUAGGUCCUUCCCCUUAAUCAUGAUUUCUUAGAGUACAUCAUCUGUGCAGUUCUUUACUUGUUUAACUCAGUGGCAACUUGUAUUUUAUUUGAAGCCAAUGUAGAGUUUUGUAUACAAAGAUGUAGAGAAACCCCAAUUAUAUUAAGAUUGUUGGAAGUUUUUGAAUAAAGGUUGCAUCUGAAGUUAAUGGA